AAGACCCGUUUACACGGGAUAACCACGACGCCCACAGGCGCGCCACGUCACCGCACUCCCACCCCGCGCGCCCGGCAUCGGGCCGUUCAACACGACACGUGUCGCGGCCCGCGCUGGCUCUCGCGUAUAAAACGCGAGAGGCCCGAUCUCUUCGGGAUCGCAAUCCAUAUUCGGCCUCUUCGCAAUCUCGUCGCGAAAUUCCGAUCCGAUCCGAUCGAGAGCUCGCACGGAGAAGCAGCAGCAGCAGAGAGAGAGAGAGAGAGAGAGAGAGAGAGAGAUAUGGGGGAUUUGCUGGACAAGGCGAAGCACUUCCUGGCCGAGAAGGUGGCCCACAUCCCGAAGCCGGAGGGCAGCGUGACGGACGUCGACCUGAAGGGCGUCACCCGCGAGUGCGUCGAGUACAACGCCAAGGUCGCCGUCAAGAACCCCUACGGCCACUCCCUCCCCAUCUGCGAGAUCACCUACUCCUUCAAAAGCGCCGGCAGGGAGAUAGCGUCGGGGAAGGUGCCGGAUCCGGGGUCGCUUAAGGCCAGCGACACGACGAUGCUGGACGUGCUGGUGAAGACGCCGUACAGCAUCCUGAUGAGCCUGGCGAAGGACAUCGGGACCGACUGGGACAUCGACUACCAGCUCGACAUCGGGCUCAUCAUCGACCUCCCCAUCAUCGGGAACUUCACCCUCCCCAUCUCCACCAAGGGCGAGAUCAAGCUCCCAACCCUCACCGACAUGUUCUGAUGCGAUUGUAUGAUGACGCGAUGAGCAGAAUAAAAGUCGCACUUUCCUUGUGAAUUCA